CCAUGUUUCCUGAAGGUGGGCAAACCAUAAAACAUUGUUUCCUAGCCAUGCUUCCCAAAGGUGGAAAAACCAUGAAACAUUGUUUCCUUGCCAUUUUUCCUGGAGGUGGACAAACCAGGAAACAUUGUUUCCUAGCCAUGUUUCCUGAAGGUGGACAAACCAGGCAACAUUGUUUCCUAGCCAUGUUUCCUGAAGGUGGACAAACUAGGAAACAUUGUUUCCUAGCCAUGUUUCCCAAAGGUGGACAAACCAUGAAACAUUAUUUCCUUGCCAUUUUUCCUGAAGGUGGACAAACCAGGAAACAUUGUUUCCUAGCCAUGUUUCCUGAAGGUGGGCAAACCAUAAAACAUUGUUUCCUAGCCAUGCUUCCCAAAGGUGGAAAAACCAUGAAACAUUGUUUCCUUGCCAUUUUUCCUGGAGGUGGACAAACCAGGAAACAUUGUUUCCUAGCCAUGUUUCCUGAAGGUGGACAAACCAGGCAACAUUGUUUCCUAGCCAUGUUUCCUGAAGGUGGACAAACUAGGAAACAUUGUUUCCUAGCCAUGUUUCCCAAAGGUGGACAAACCAUGAAACAUUAUUUCCUUGCCAUUUUUCCUGAAGGUGGACAAACCAGGAAACAUUGUUUCCUAGCCAUGUUUCCUAGCCAUGUUUCCUGAAGGUGGGCAAACCAUAAAACAUUGUUUCCUAGCCAUGUUUCCCAAAGGUGGACAAACCAUGAAACAUUGUUUCCUUGCCAUUUUUCCUGAAGGUGGACAAACCAGGAAACAUUGUUUCCUAGCCAUGUUUCCUGAAGGUGGACAAACCAGUAAACAUUGUUUCCUAGCCAUUUUUCCUGAAGGUGAACAAACCAUGAAGCAUUGUUUCGUAGCCAUUUUUCCUGAAGGUGGGCAAACCAGGGAACAUUGUUUCCUAGCCAUAUUUCCUGAAGGUGGACAAACCAGGGAACAUUGUUUCCUAGCCAUGUUUCCUGAAGGUGGACAAACUAGGAAACAUUGUUUCCUAGCCAUUUUUCCUGAAGGUGGGCAAACCAGGAAACAUUGUUUCCUAGCCAUUUUUCCUGAAGGUGGACAAACCAGGAAACAUUGUUUCCUAGCCAUGUUUCCUGAAGGUGAACAAACCAUGAAACAUUGUUUCCUAGCCAUGUUUCCUUAAGGUGGGCAAACCAGGAAACAUUGUUUCCCAGCCAUGUUUCCUGAAGGUGGGCAAACCAUGAAACAUUGUUUCCUAGCCAUUUUUCCUGAAGGUGGGCAAACCAGGAAACAUUGUUUCCUAGCCAUUUUUCCUGAAGGUGGGCAAACCAGGAAACAUUGUUUCCCAGCCAUGUUUCCUGAAGGUGGGCAAACCAUGAAACAUUGUUUCCUAGCCGAAAUUUUUCAUUUCAGUUGGUACUUCGGCAAAGUGGGCCGAGUGGAGACCCAGAAACUACUCCUGGCAGAUGUGAAUGAUCACGGCUCAUUCCUGAUACGUGAAAGUGAGUCAGUUCCGAAUACCUACGCACUGUCCCUGCGUGAUACUAAUACUGUAAGGCAUUAUAAGAUCAAACGGCUCGACAAUGGCGGUUUCUUCAUAUCAAAGAACCAUGAAUUUAAAGAUAUCCAAGAUUUGGUCGCGUUCUACCUGCACGAGCCAGAAGGAUUAUGCUGUAGACUUGCUGUACCGUGUAAAAAGGUGAGUUUCAAUGAUUACAGAAUAGAGAGGUUAUUUCACAUUUUUUCACACUCACACCGGAGCGAAAUAACACUGAGCAGAAUUCAACAAUGUGUUCACAUUAUGCCUUACAGUUUGUUUACAAAUUAAUUUAGCACUCAUGUAAACCCAAAGUCCCAAACUAUUUCAAACAGAGCAAAGAAUUUACACGAAAAGCGUUCGAAUUUGCUGUUUUGAGACCUGAGAUGCUUGGUUUGCAAGCGGUACAAAAAAGUAACGGCGUUUGUGUUCACACGAAGCCGCCAAGCGCUCCGUUUCAUCUCGUUCCGUUUAGAAACCGUGCUCAAAUUAGUCAUUCCGAAGUUGAUGAGAGGACUGGGGACGAGUGUUAAAAAGUGCCCAAAUUAAGAAAUGAACCAAAUAGCUAAAAAGACCACCUCAAAAUUAGUAAGUAUGCAAAGCUUGAAGACGUUUACAUGAAUACCCUUCGAAUAAUAAGCUUUCGAAAAUUUUUUGGGACGCGCGUCUCAAAAACAAAAAUUACAAUACAUUUUAUAGUAAAUAUCGCGAUUUUCGAAAACCUAUUAUUCGAAGGAUAUUCAUGUAAACGUCUUCAAACUUUGUAUACUUACUAAUUUUGAGGUGGUCUUUUUAGUGAUUUGGUUCAUUUCUUAAUUUGGGCACUUUUUAACACUCGUCCCCAGUCCACUCAUCAACUUCUGAAUGGCUAAUUGUUACGGCAAAAGUGUCGUUUUCAAACAUUAGAGAGGUUAAGAUGCCCCGGUUUCGGUGUACGUGUACGGGUAGCAUGAUUUUGGUUAGCAAUAUUUUCGUCGAUGUCUGUACCUUUACUCGUAAUUAAGGUGCACAUUUUUCGCAUUAUAUCAUUGUCUAUUGCAAGAAAACAGAAAAAGUAUGAUCGAAUUACAGACAUCAGUAAAACAAGAUGACACUACUCGUACCCGUACACCGAAACCGGGGUAUCUUAACCUUUCUAAUUUCGCUUCUGGCGUGGUGUGAACGCGACAGCUAAUGAAUGAUUCCAGCGUUAGGCUAAGUUUUGAUCUAGGCAAGAAGAACAAAAUCCAUCACCACAGCUUGAAAGAACAUGUUAAAAUUAGUAAAAUUUUGUAUAGAUUAGGCCCGUUUGCACGGGCGAUUUUUGCUGCGAUUUUCUCCUUUUGGAGGAUGUGAAGGAGUAGAUUACUUAAUGAUGAUGUUAUGAGAUUUCAUAGCCUGGAACAUUUAUAACUGAUCUACUCCUUCACAUCCUCCAAAAGGAGAAAAUCGCAACUGAAAUCGCAGCAAAAAUCGCCCGUGUAAAUGGGCCUUUACGCACGGGAAAAUGCACCACUUUCGGCGCAACCAAUGGCCUUGAUAAUUUUCGCUUAACCUCAUCCAAUAAUUAUUAAUUAUCCCUCACACAAUUUUUACUUCUGCAGGUCGAUGUUCCCCAGACGAAGGGGAUUUCUCAUAACAUGGCGGACAAGUGGGAAAUCGACAGAGAGGAGCUUACGUUCAAGACGCGACUUGGUGCCGGCAACUUUGGCGAGGUUUGGGAGGGCCUGUGGAACAAGACAACCAAAGUUGCAAUUAAGACACUUAAAGAAGGCACAAUGCAACCGUGCAAGUUCCUGGAAGAGGCUGAGAUAAUGAAGAAAUUAAUUCAUCCUAAGUUAGUGCAGUUGUUCGCCUGUUGCUCCAGGCAGGAGCCAAUUUAUAUCGUCACGGAGCUGAUGGAAAACGGAAGCCUGUUAGAAUAUCUACGAGGUCCACACGGCAAAAAAAUGAAAAUGCCCAAGCUGAUUGAUAUCUCGACACAGGUAGGAUUAAACAUGAUGCUUGUGAUGUUACUCUCAGUGUAUAUCCACACCGGGCAAGCUUGAAAAAUAUGCCUGGCCACGGUGGGAAUAUUUUUCAAGGCCAGGCAUAUUUUUCAAGCUUGCCCGGUGUGGAUAUACACUGAGAGUAACAUCAUAAGCAUCAUAUUCUCCUGAGUACAUUAUACCAACACAGAAAAACAAAUUCAGGAUUAAACAUAUUUAGGAUUACUAGAGAGCUUCCCGUUUGUUCUGCAAAAUAUCGCAGGCUUUCUCCGGGUACUACAGCCUUUCCCACUCCAGUUUGACUAACCCUUGAUCAAUAAGGAAUGACCUCCAUGCCAUGGAGAACAGUUUGAAACUGAUGAAACUAUCCAGUAUAAAUGUAGUUAAUUUUUCGUUUUCUGUAGUAACACUCGACCAAUUUAGGAUUGCUCUCACUGGACCUUUCUUUAGGGAGUUUAGAACUGAUAGAGUAUGUCUAGUAUAAAUAAAGUUAAUUUAGUUUAGGUUUCCUCCUGUAGUAACACUGGAUCAAUAAGAGAUGAUCCUUACUGAACCUCUAGGAAGAACAGUUUAGAACUGAUAGAACUAUCCAGUAUAAAUAAAGUUAGUUUAGUUUAGGUUUCCUCCUGUAGUAACACUGGAUCAAUAAGAGAUGAUCCUUACUGAACCUCUAGGAAGAACAGUUUAGAACUGAUAGAACUAUCCAGUGUAAAUAAAGUUAGUUUAUAGUUUAGGUUUCCUCCUGGAACAAUACGAGAUGAUCCAUACUGGUCCUCUAGGAGAACAGUUUAGAACUGAUAGAGCUAUCCGGUAUGAAAAAACUUAGUUUAGUUUAGGUUUCCUUCUGUAGGAACAGUGCAUGGAUCAAAAAGAGAUUAUCCUUUUUACUGGACCUCUAGGAAGAACAGUUUAGAACCAAUAGAGCUAACCAGUAUCAAUAAAGUUACUUUAGUUUAGAUUCUCUUCUGUAGUAACAGUGGAUCAAUAAGAGAUGAUCCUUACUGGACCUCUGGGGAAAACAGUUUAGAACUGAUAGAACUAUCCAGUGUAAAUAAAGUUAGUUUAGUUUAGGUUUCCUCCUGUAGUAGCACUGGAUCAAUAAGAGAUGGCUCUUACUGGACCUCUAGAAAGAACAGUUAAGAACUGAUAGUGCUAUCCAGUAUAAGUUAGUUUAGUUUAGGUUUCCUCCUGUAGUAACACUGGAUCAAUAAGAGAUGACCCUAACUGGAUCUCUAGGGAGAACAGUUUAAAACUUCACUAGAACUAUCCAGUAUAAAAAAAACUAGUUUAGUUUAGGGCGCAUUCAGUGUAUUCUCUAUUGCAGGCUUUUAGCAUAGCUCGUUACAGUUGUGUAUUUUCGUUGCACACAGGUUGCGCAAGGUAUGGCGUAUUUGGAAAAGCACGGUUACGUACAUCGUGAUUUAGCCGCACGUAACGUUUUAGUUGGUAAAACGCUCAACGUGAAGGUGGCAGAUUUUGGUCUCAGUAGAUCGGUCGUGGAAGAUGAAUACGUCGCUCACGAGGGGGCAAAGUUCCCAAUCAAGUGGACGGCGCCCGAGGCGUGCCUCACGAAUGCGUUCUCCACCAAAUCCGAUGUGUGGUCAUUCGGAGUUUUAAUAUCGGAAUGUGUGACGUAUGGUCGUAUCCCGUAUCCGGGCAUGAGCAAUCACGAGGUAGGAUAUACUGUAAUUCUUCCUGGCAGCGGCGGCGGAACAGAUUUCGUUCUGGGGGGGCUAAAUUUUUUCGGCGACCUUCCCCCCCCCCGUCGCCAAAAAAAUUUCGGUCAGUGUACCACUUUAGGGGUACAAUAUAUAAAAAAAAGGACGAAAAAAAUUUUUUCGGACUUGUAUCAAAAAAUUUUUUCGGAAAUACACUUUUUUUAAACAAAAUAUUGCAAAUUUGUCCCCUUAUACCUAAAUUUUCAAAAAAUAACCUAAAUUUUUCCCUAAUUAUCAAAAUUUUUUCAAAAAAUUCAAAUUUUCUGGGGGCUAAGCCCCCCCACUUUUACUUCUGGGGGGCUUUAGCCCCCCUAGCCCCCCCUGUUCCGCCGCCCCUGCUUCCUGGGAACUAUCUCAGCAAGCAUAGGCGUCGAAAGAUCGUUAAGUGGGGGGGGGGGGACCAUAUUCAUAUAUUCGUGUUCACAGACCUUAAAAACAAUCGAUUUCAAAAUAAAUUAAUAAUGCAGAACACGAAUAUGAAUAUGGUCCCCCCCACUUAUCGAUCUUUCGACGCCUAUGUCAGCAAGCAACAAAACGUUGCUGAGAAAAUAUAUACAGGGUGUCCCCCCCCCCCCCUCCCAAGAAAAAAAGCAAUUCAGUCAAACGGUCUUGCAGUUUGAAAUUAUCGAGUGGAAAUUUAUGUUAGUACUAUUUAUUAUAUAAUGUAUAGUGCUUUAUAGAGAUAUUAAUACAUGGGUGCUUGGAAAUACCAGAUUUAUUUCGAGUCUUGAACAUGAUAUCUCACGAGUGAGCGCAACGAACGAGUGAGAUAUUAUAUUCAACACGAGAAAUAAAUCUGGUAUUUCCAAGCACCCAUAUAUUUUUCUGUUUAUUAUAUAAAGGACAGUCUUUGAAAAGCGAUAAUUUUUACAGAAAAGCGAUAAUUGAAAAGCGAUAAUUUUCACAUGUGAGAUUAUCCACUUUUAUCAGUGCUCGAAGUACUAUCUAAAAAACGAGCAGGAGUGUUUUAUCAGAUAUAAAGAGGCGACAGCCAAUGUAGUUCAUUGGCGAAGUCAUUUUAGAAAUGUCAAAACUAAAGUUUAUGUAAAUGAACAUGAUUCUAGCUUUAUCACAUAUAAAAUUAUCACAUAUAGAAUAUAUUAGAGACAUUACGGUUUUAGGACGGCAACGCGACGACGACGGCCAAAAUAAACUCCUUCAAAUAAAUGGUAGUAAAGAUAAUUCGUCGUAUAUUAUCAAUCGUAAGAAUUUCAUAUAGUCUUAGAAAUUGAAGACAUGGGUUUUAUGGUUGGGAAGAGUUCUGCUGAACCCAGUUUGAAGUUGCACUUGUUGCGGCUUGAAAUGCAGCCGUUGUAUCAAGACGGUGAAAAUCUGUGAUUUGGCGUUGUAAACAGAGCGUAGGACAAUGUCUAAAUUAUUCAUAUAUUGUAAUUAUUCAAUUCUUUUCAAUGAUUUAUUGUAUUGGUAACCGUUGCCGUCGCAUUGCCGUCCUAAAUCGUAAGGUCUCUAUUAUAUCACACGUGGAAUUUUGUAGGUGAUCCGAAAAAUCGAAGAGGAAGAUUACAGGAUGCCUAAGCCAUCUGGCACCCCGGAUAAGUUGUACAAAGAUAUCAUGUUGAAAUGCUGGGCUAAGGAAGCCGACGAUCGACCGACAUUUGAAACGCUGAGCUGGCAACUUGACGAAUUCUUCAGUGAUGACACUCAAUAUAAAGAGGCCGAUGAAGUGAAUACCAUCAAAUAACUCAGGUGACGUAAUCAUUCUUUUCGAACAGAAUAAUCACGUGACAUGUUCCUUGCACGCUGAUUAGUUUAACUAAUGAUAGGUUUUAUUGUUAAUACACGCAUACUCUAAACCAAAGAAGCUUUAAAUUUCGUCUCGUGCAGUCUCAUUGAUGAAUCACUUUGUAAAAGUAAAACAUUUUGGACACUUUUUAAGCCCCGGUGAUACGAGAGUUGAUGAGAGUUUUAAGUCACGCGUUGUUAUGGACAUUUCAGGCUCUACAGGGGCUAGUUGUUCAAAGCUGGGUUAGCUUAACCCUAGGUUAACCUAAAAUUCAAAGCAAACUUCCUGACAGCUUGUCUAUAAAUUUGGAAAUAUUUCUUCAGAGAUCUUGUCUGGAUCGAUAGGAGUUUAGUUCUCUGAAGUUUUGAAGUAAACACUGAUACGUGCAGAAAUACACAAACAAAAACAGCAGGUUAAAUUUUAACCCAGGGUUAGCGCUGACCCAGCUUUGAACAACCGGCCCCAGGGUGUCUAAAAAAAAGUGAACCUUUAGAAAUUCACCUUAUUGUUAUAAUUUCAAUGCCUCAAUCCUACUAUACUGAAGCCAUGGGUGCCUAAACACAUUUGAAUCGAAUUUUAUGCAUGGGAAGUUAUUGAAACGUUUUUGGUAUCGUUCAACAUAUGAAUAUGAUUAUGUGCUGAUUAAUUUAACGCAGCGCGUGAAACAGUAAAAACUCUUUGCCCUGUAGUCGGUUCAACCAUUUUUAAUCGAACUGAGAUGGGACUUACGCCCGUAUUCUAAAAGCUCACUCACACUCAAUGAGUGGAGGUUCAAUCUGAGCUUCUCUUGAGUGUCAAUGCUGUUUUUGAAUAGCUGGAGGGUUCUUGUCGUACUUUACUAUGUGAUUACUCACCCUCCAGCUAUUCAAAAACAGCAUCCGAACCUCCACUCAUUGAGUGUCAGUGUGAGUGAGCUUUUAGAAUACGGGCGUAAGUCGUUUUAACUUUCAAUUAGAAUUUCCAUGUACAAUUUUAUGCAGUUUUAAUACGCUCGCUCGAUAACAAUGCAGGUAAUGAAGUUUGUGAUUUCUAAAACGUUCACGUUUUUUUGAGACGCCCUGUAGAUUGACAAAAUAAAGAUUUGAUGAGUGUUUCAACUACGUUUUAACUUGAAUAGAAUACAUGAUAGUUUUGGGAAAGCAUUAAGAACAGUUAACCUAGGUCGCGAGACCCAACUCUCAACAACUCUUGAUUUGGUCGUAAAAAUAUAGUCACGAUCUUUCUCAACGGCCAGUUUAUAACAGUUUAUACUUGUAAUCCACAUAUAAAUCAUACGUAUUCUCUAGUUAUAAUCACUCCGCGUAUUUUCAGUUCUAAAAUGUUGUAUUUCGGCUGAUGAGAAAGAUCGUGACUCAAUCUUUACGACCGUUACGACCGAUAUGGAAACCGAAUGAGUUAUAAAUAUUAUAUUGAGAGACUUUGGACAGUCAGCUAAAAUUCAGAUCACUUAGUGUCACUAAAAUGUUUCAUAAGAUUCCCAUCCUUGUACCCAGGCGCUUGAUUGCAAAGUCUAUUCUUGGGAAUGUUGUGGGGAUUGUAUAUAGAAGCCUGGGUACGAGGCUGUAAGAUUUCCAGUUCCAAUUUGCUGUUUUGUUGUUUGUCAACCACCGGUUAAGAUAUUUUAUCAACGUUUAUAGUAAAAAGUAGGGCAAUUGUCGAAUUCAGACCUUAUAAUAUUAUAUUGGGUGAUUUUUAAUAGGUUUAUGUAUGAUUUUUAAGUACUAAAAUAAGCGUUUACCUGACGUUGUAUUAUAAUUAUCAAAGGGUGAUCUAGUUCCCAUUUCCCAGCUCAAAUUUUUUUGUAAAUCCAUUCAACUGUGAAAUUGAAGGAAAAUCGUAGAGUGUGAUUAAUUCUGCGUUCAAUAGACAAUUCCCAUUAAAACUAGGCAAGGAGAUGCAAAUAAAUCACCACAGCUAGAAAGAAUAUACUAAAAUUAGUAAAAUUGCAAAGUUUGGAUGCGAAAUGUUGUAAAAUGCGGAAAAUAUAGCCUUGCGAAGUUUGCAAAUUUUUGGAAAUUGCUACCACAUUUGGGCCCAAAUGUUGGAGGAAUGUGGUAGGAAUUUCCGCACGCAAUACGAAAGUAUACAAAAUUUGCAAACUUUGCAAGGCUAUAUUUUCCGCAUUUUACAACAUUUCGCAAACCAAACUUUGCAGUUUUAGUAAUUUUAUUAUGCUUUUUCUAGCUGUGGUGAUUUAUUUGCAUCACUUUGCCUAGUUUUAAAGUUAGUCUAUAAUGGGAAUUGUUUAUUGCUCUCUUUAGAACUAGCGAGAAAAAGGUAUGGCUGACUUACAGUAGCAGAAAAAUGACCUCAUUGACCCAUAAGUCGGUUAAAUUAAAGGGCAUAUGACUCGAAAAUUGACGUUGUUGUUUUUUUGUCUAAUGUGAAAGAUCACUGACAUUGAAAACUGUAGAAUAACUUCUUUGAUAGAUUUUUGUUUCCUUGCUUCGUUUUGAAUAUAUUUCAUUUUGUAUGAUAUGCAGAGGACCAGCUUCCUACGUCACACAUGCAUAAUGAUUUAGCCCUAAAAGCUGUAUCUCUUUAAUACGACCAAACACAAUCGGUAGAAAACCUACAUGGGUGUUGUUGUGGACAAAUCUCGUGCUCGUCAUUCAUUUUGAGCGAAUUUAUUUGAUAGUGACAACAUUAUCAUUAUGCAUGCGUGACGUAGAAAGUUGUUCUUUGCAUAUCAUACAAAAUGAAAUAUCUCCAAAACGAAGCAAGAAAACAAAAAUCUGUCAAAGAAGUUACUCUACAGUUUUCAAUGAUCUUUCAAAUUAGACUAAAAAAUAACAACGUCAUUUUUCGAGUCAUAUGCCCUUUAGGUUUUCCUGGACUUUUUUGACAAAUUCUCCAUCAAAAACUACUCUGUAGCUGUUCUUGGAGUUAUUGCACUCUGAAAUGACCAACUACAACUGUCUUUAUAAUGGUAUUUGGAUUUUCCCAUCCUCAUUUUUGUGUCUUUCAUUUCCAAUAACACAAAUCCCCUUCCCCAAGCCUAAAAAUAAGAAAAUUCCAGUUUCCAUUUUACCCUUCAGGAUCCUCUUUGACGAGUUAGUCUGUUUUUAGCCAGCGCCGUAGUAUAUUUGUGCGUUAGUUUAUAUAUACAACAAUGCAUAGUGUCUGCGAUUGAUUUGGACAGUAAUUAGAUAUGAAUUAAUAUUAAUUAGUUCUAAUGAGCGCUCUAAGGGAUAUUUGGUAUAUUAUGAAGUAAAUAUGUUAAAAAGAACAAUUAAUAUAUAUUGUUAAAUUGUUUCAAAAAUUGCAAUGUAGAAUAUUAAUUCCAUGCCAUAAAGUGAAGUGUGACAAUUGACAAUAUGGAAAUGUUUGUAUUAAAUAUUAUGGUUAUCGAAUAACAUCUGUUUAUUGUAGUGAAUUAAGUAAUAAAAGAACGCGUUUCUUAGUAGAUCGCGAUUUACACCGCUAUAGCCGUGAUUUCUGGAAUGAAUAUCGAUUAAGUGAAGAGCAAUCUUCUGAUUUUAAAUUUUAACCUUAUUUUUCCCACGCUGAAAAUGGUAGCAUUCCCAUGGACCUUUGCGUCCAGUCGUUCCAACCCUCAAACGCCUGAUCAUAAUUAGAUGAUCAUAAUUCUCCUGGCCAAUGCUGCAAUCUUGGACAUACCUGGUUGUUUUGCCCUGAUACAAAAUUCGCAUAUUUUUAUGAUAAACUCCAUAUUGAAUCAUGUUGCCCUUCUUUAUAAGCGCCGCUCCCUCAACUCAAUGUUGAACUUGUGUCAUGGUAUAUUACCAAAAGUUGUUACGGCGUUGUUUACAACAUUGGACUCAGACAUUAAAGUAGCGUGUUUUUUGACACACUUUGUGUCCUUGUAAAAGAAAAAUGUGUCCUCGUAAACUGAAAAGUGUGUACUUGGGACAAUGGCAGUGUACUUGGUCUUGGGAAUAAUCGUGUGUUUAUUGCCUGAUGAUAGCCAGAUAUAUAUUUCUAAUUCUGGUUUCGAUAUUUCUGGUUUUUGUACUAUUUAAAUGGCUUUAAAAACGACUCAUCUGAUAUGAGUUCAUUGGCGAAGUAAUUUUUAAAAUAAACUUUUGUUUAAACCGAGAAAAUCAAAGCUAAAGUUUAUGUAAAUUAACAUGAUUUUUUAUCACAUAUAUAAAGAUACGACACGCUUAUGAUUUUUCUUUGUGUUUUUCUACUGAAUUAUUAAUGAUUCUUUAACUGUUUAUAACAUGUCAAGAAACGCCUGUAAAAUUACCACUGUAAGCUACAAAAAUCAGGACUCGCUUUUAAGGAUUUUCAUUAGACGAUUGAAAAUUUAGUUAUGAAUUAUUUAGACUGCACGAUUUAUGUGCUUCUAUAGAUAGUCUCAACCAUGCAUCGGUCUAAAUGGCCCAAAAAGUGCCGAAAACCGCGCUUCUGUGGCACCCAAAUUUUAAAAUAUUUAACUCAUACCGCACUGAAAUAUAUACAUGAGUCACAUUUCAUGAUACCCAGACUGAUUUUGUAGCUCGAGAUAUAAAGUUAUUGUUCAAGUUACGUUGAAAAUUAAAAGUUAUUGACCAAUUUGAAACAUAUUUUUGCCUUACAAUAAAAAGGCAUUCAAUAAGCCUUUUCUUAGUUGAUGAGUAUUUGUGCUCAAGCUAGUCUGACUAGUCUGCGUUCCACACUUCCAAGUGAUUGUUGAAAAAAAUCCUUAAUUUAAUGCCUGAUUGAACUGGGAGGAGGGGGAGACAAAGUUUGUCUUGUCAAUGUUCAAUAACUUUGUAAUAUUGGCUGGAAUGGUCUCAAGGGUUUUUGUCCAAGAUCGUGGAUUCGGUAUGCUUGGCUGCUCGCCUAGUACCGCCCUAAAACACUUCUGGAUCAACUGCUGACAUGAAAUACUUUUAAAUUUAGAAAGUAAAACUCACACUUUGUUAACUAAAAACGUGGUUGAAAAGUGUUUUAUUAAUUUUUGUGAAGUGGCUAAUUUUAUACUUGUGAUAUGCUGGGGAUUUUUAUCACGCGAAACGUGACCCGUAGUACUCCCCCACUACCACACUCAGGAUAUAGCAGCCCACCUGAGUUCGUCAUUGAUGACCUCGUGACGGAUCAAGCCACUCGAUAAUGGUGUAUACACAAGACGAACCGUCCUGAUGAACUGACAGUUCCUCGUGUAAUUUGUGUUAUGCUCAUUCUUGUUCGCGCGAACGUUUCGGCUUUUCCUUUCCAGCAAAAACUUGUCGACAAAGCAAAACGUCUUGUGGAAAACCUCUUUCAGGCAGGGGAAAAAUCCGUCAAUUUAAUGAAAUUGGGAUUAGGGAAACUGAGUUAGCCAAUGAGCCUGCCACGCAGGCUAGCGGGCUGACCCACGCAUUCUUGUAGCUUAGCGAAAGGUUGAAGUGGGGCGUAUGAGUGUGUGACGCCGAAUUUUGGCUGCAGCUUAACAACAAGGGUUUAUAAUGCGAGCCUUACCUGAGCCAGGCCAGCACCAAACCAUCGUAAUAGAGGCCUUCCACGGUUAACGACGCCCUAAUGAAACAGAAUAGUGCAAUGGGUGCAAACACAACGGAAUUCCCUAUAGGUAUAUUUGCAAGGGGUGCAAUAACACUGUAACAAUAUAUUCAAGAUGGCGUCCUUAACCUUGGAAGGGUCUAUUGUGAUACGUGAUACACUGAUUGCUACUCAGGCUUGACUUAGGCCAGGCCUACGAAUGCCAAGGGAGUAGCCACUAGCUAGCCUACGGUGUAGACCCCAGCAGAAACACGUUUUUCUGCUGGGGUCUACACCGUAGGCUAUCACUAGCCAGCCACAAAACGUGCGGGGUCUGAUCGGCCGUCUAUUUUUAGGGUCACUUGCAUGCAUCUUAGACACGUUUUAUGAUAAUCUGAAAGCCACAGGUUUUGUAUAUUUUAUAUCAUGGAUGAAGACAUUUGUGUAAGAGGUUAAUGUGCCCACUCAGUCUAUUUUCAGUUUUGAAAGAGAGUUACAAAAUCGGUCCUGAAGAAAGGUGUGUGUGGGGGGGGGGGGGCUACGCCUCUGGUCGACACAUACAUAAACGUGUGGGUCAAUGCGAGUGUUCAUUCGUUGAUGCAUGCGCCAUGCCAAUCGGUAUCAGAAUCGCGCGCGUGAUCCCGCGGGCAUCACACGCGUGUAAGGCGUCGUCACGUACGGCAUUCGUGUACCCGGAAGAAAGUGGACAACAGCUUGCUAGAGUUUCGAGUUUUGACGCCGGUUGAAUAGUUGUAUAUUUCUUGCCAAAAAGCUUUAUUUUCUAUGCUUUACGCUCGGUAAAAUACGAUAUAAUCCAUGGGAAACUGUACGGGAAAGAAGAGAAAGGACCAACACGAUAAUGUUAGCCCUACACAAGUCGAAAUCACGACGAAUAAUGAACCGACGACAGCUCGCUCACAGGAGAUAACAGCAACUGCAAAUAGUCCUGUCAAGAAGAAACAUCCACCAUUGCCGAGAGUGCCUCCCAAAAAAGAAGAACCACCGAGUCCCACUGGCGGAGUUCGUUUAUUUGUCGCUCUGUUCGACUACGACGCUCGGACUUCUGAGGACUUGACAUUCAGAAAAGGUGAUUAUCUUGAAGUUAAACAAGAAAACACGACCUUCGAUUGGUGGCAAGCGAAAUCUCGCUCGUCGAAACAAGAAGGCUAUAUUCCCAGCAACUAUGUUGCCGAAGUCAAAACCUUGGAAGCCGAAGAGUAAGUCAAUGCUUUACAUGAUUGUUAUAUUUGUUUUAAAUGGCCAAAAUUUGGUCAGACUGGCUUGAAAAUUCGCGGGAUAUCAACAUUGAAGUGGCUUCAAAAUUUUUCGUUCAGACUUCCUGUCAAAAGUUGCUAAUAUAGAAACCGAAUUUAGCAUGCAUGCCUUUACGCGUGCUUCGCUUUUGGCUAAAUUUAAUACACAUUAUGGAAUAAAAAAAUGUACAAAUAAUCCAUUUCUCUCUAAGACACUACCCACGACACCUUAUAGGCAAAUAUAUAUUUCCGUUUGUGUGGAAUCAUGUUCAAAAUAUUGGUUUCAUUUCUUAGAAUUUCAUAAUCAAAUUUGUCGCAGAAUGUAUCAAUUAUGUAUCAAAUUAUACCAUGGAUUGCAACAUAGCGAUUCGAAUUUAUCUAAAUACUGUAUUUAAUAUCACAGCUUGUACUGUAUGCAUUGUUGAAUUGUUUUUUGAACAUUUGUCACACAGGAAGUGACUUUGACAUACCAAAAAAUCCUCAUGUCCAUUAAAGCUUAUUCAAGUAUUUUAAUUGUUUGAUGGCGAUCAAAUUAGUUUAGUUUGCUACUUGCUGGUUGAUAAAUUGUGCUCAAAUACAUGAGCCUACUAUGAGGCAUAGUUAGUUACAAUAUUUUUGAUUGAACAGAGGUCGAAUUCCAACAACUUACUACGGUAUUCUGUCUGAAGAUCACAAUGAUUUCUUUAUCUCGCCUAAAGUGAAAGAAAGAAAGCGUUGUGCAUCGGUCCGCUGCAUUUUGACGCACAAGCUGUUGCGUAAUUUUCACUUGAGUUAUCUGUGGUGAACAUAUUAUAAUGGUCAAUUGAAAAAUUUCAUUGUGUGUAAAUUAGGACAAGAUUUUACCUAGAAUUGCCUUCUUUUUUAACUUGAAUAAUUAUCACUUAUUUACUGAGACCGAGGGAAACCGUGUGUUUUGUGGACCUUCGAUGUUUCCCGAGGCGAACCCGUCAAUGUUUUCCGAGGCGAAGCCGAGGGAAACAUCGACAGUCGAGGGUCCACAAAACACACUGCUUUCCCGAGGUCUCAGUAAAUAAGUGUAUUAUUAUAUAUCAAUAGUCAAAGAAACAACAAAUUAAAGAACAAAUGAACGUAAAUACAUGAAAUAUUUUAUUGUUAAAAUGUUAUAUUAAACACUGGCUACACUGCAGUUACUUAAAGCGAAAGUUUUAAUUACGUACUAGGCAUGUCCAAAGGUUGCAUCUUCACGUGAUGGCGCACGUGAUUUUUUUUGUUAUUCGCCGGUCGAUAACGUAUUAUCUCCCUCUCGCGCUGUUGCGAGGGAGACAGCCUAAUUUCGUCACUCUCACGUGAUAUGCUCUCAGCCAAUAAAACACUAGAAAAAUGCGACUUUGACUAUUGAUAUAUAAUAAUACAUAUUAUUUUAUUAAUAUAUAUUAAUUGUAUUAUAUUAUUUAAAUUCCAGAUGGUUCUAUGGGAAAAUUUCCCGUACAGAGGCGCAGAAAUUUCUUCUGUCCCCCGCAAACAAACAUGGUGCGUACUUGAUCAGAGAAAGCGAGAAUGCUGGCAACAAUUUUGCCCUGUCGGUUCGCGAUGGAGAUGUCGUUAAGCAUUACAGAAUACGAGCGCUCGAUAACAAUCAAGGUUUUUUCAUCACAAGAAGAAGCGAGUUUACGACUCUCCAGGAUUUGGUCGAGCACUAUAAAAAAGAGUCGGAUGGCCUUUGUGAUAAAUUAAGCGUCCCCUGUAGUAAGGUACAGCUUUCUACUUUUAUAAUAGUACAUUAUUUCUUAAUUUAUUAUAUUCAUUAUUUCUUAAUGCAGUUUUUCAUUGACGAAACUAACCUGUUUGAACAUCCAUUGUAGUCGACUAGCGCGACAGUUUUCUGUCUUCUUUGAAACCCUUAGACAUGCCAUGAAAGAUGUCAAGUUUAUAAACUGUAGUUUACUUUCAUGUGUGCAUAUUAGUUGAGUUCUCACGUGAUUAGAAUAUAUUACUUGUGCUGCCCGACUGAAGUCUUGGGUGAUAACUUUGUAGCUCAUUUUGUAGAGCUUUGGACAUUGCCAUUGUAGGUUCAAUUAUCACUCAUGCAAAAUUUUCAGGUUACUAUGGAGACACUUGGACAGUGUCAUGUUGCUGCUUUAAGUGGCAGUGUGCCCUGAUGUGGCCUACUUAUUAUUUUACUCUCUCUAAUGCCAGGUUAUUUUACUCUGUGUAACAUCAGACGAUUUUACUCGUCAGGGGGAGAGGCUGCCACUCGAUGGGUUAAUUAUAUCUUCAUCUGAGUUCAUGCCCAGAAUCAUUACAUUCAUGUUAUAAUUUUAGUUGGAAAAACCCCAAACAGUCGGGCUGUCCUACAACAUGGCAGAUAAAUGGGAAAUCGACAAGAGCGCAGUGAAAUUUGCGAAAAAGCUUGGCGCAGGCAAUUUUGGAGAGGUCUGGCAAGGAAUCUGGAAUGGCACGACACCAGUUGCAAUUAAAACCCUCAGAGAAGGAACCAUGCAACCUGAAGCGUUCUUAAAAGAGGCAGAGAUCAUGAAGAAACUGAUCCAUCCAAAACUAGUGCAGUUGUAUGCAGUAUGUUCGCGUGAAGAGCCAAUAUAUAUCGUAACAGAACUUAUGACGAAAGGCAGUUUGUUGGAAUAUUUGCACGGAGAAGGUCGAAGUAUUCUCGAUAUGGCCAAGAUGAUCGACAUCUCAGCCCAAGUUGCAGAGGGCAUGGCGUUCCUAGAAUCGCACGGUUUUGUGCACCGUGAUCUUGCCGCGAGAAAUGUCUUGGUAGGCGAUAGCAUGGUUGUCAAGAUUGCCGACUUCGGGCUGUCUCGAGUGCUGGUUGAAGAUAUCUAUGAAGCGCACGAAGGCGCUCGCUUUCCUAUCAAGUGGACUGCACCCGAGGCGUGUCUGGAAAAUAAGUUCUCAAUAAAGUCCGAUGUAUGGUCCUUUGGUAUUCUGCUGACUGAAAUAACGACCUUUGGAAGGAUUCCAUACCCCGGUAUGACCAAUGCUGAGGUACGAAAAUCGUCUUAUUUCUAUUAUUGAACCAAGUCUACUCAAUAUUCUGGGUUACAAAGGUUUACUUCACCCAAAAAUCGAGUAAAUUUUCUCAUAAAUUAUUUGCAGUGUAUCAGUAUAUUUAGCUUUCAUUUUUCAGGUGAUACGAAAGAUCGCUGACACUACCUACAGGAUGCCCAAACCGGCCAAAGUUCCGGAGAAACUCUACGCGAUCAUGUUAAAGUGUUGGUCACCCGCAGCUGAAGAACGACCGACUUUCGAAACACUAGCUUGGCAGUUAAAGGACUACUACCAGGACGAUAAACAAUACAGGGAUGUCGACGAAGUCAAGAAACCCAGAUAAGUUAAUAAUUCACUAGGACAAAAUCUUGAUGGUACAUAAUGUGGUACCAUAAUGUAUUGUAUUGUAUUCCAAUAGUUACCUAAUGAGUAACACACUAAUAUAGCGAGCAGAAAGCAAAGGUACUACGAACAAUGCAUUUGCAUCUUCACAGUUUUAAUAUUUUAACGCAUACUAACAGUUUUAGAUUUUCAAGCUAUAUAUAUAUUGAUCUUAUAAUGCUAGCGUUAUUUCUGGGGUCAUAAUCUAAGGGUAUUGUAUACAGGGCGUCUAAAAAAAAACGCUAUGGAAAUUCAACAGGCUGUUGUGCAUCACAAACUUCUGCUAAACAAUUCAAUUUUUACAUAGAACGAAAGAGCUGUUAUUUAGCUUUUUAAUGAUACCUUUCUUAAACCGCAACGAUGAAAAAUGGUCGGUCGAAAUCACAUUCUUCCACCGUUGGGAAUUGAAAAUAACUCCGAAUCCAAAAGCAACGCGAGCCUGCUGCAGGCUAUUUGCUUAAAACAUUUUGAUUACGAAUGUUCUCUGUUCAGUGGUUAUUUGAACCCAUGUUUAAUGCAAUAAUGGACGUUCUUAUUCUCUCACAUUUUAGAUAAUUUAUCAUUCGACUUUAAUUCCCUCUUGGGAAUUGUCUAUGUUUCGUUUUCCAUGCAGUUCCCAACGGUGGAAGAAUGUGAUUUCGACCGGCAAUUUUUAUUUGACGAGUAUGUGGCCAUUUCUCAUCGUUACGAAUUAAAAAGAGUAUCAUUGAAAAGCUAAAUGACUGUUCUUUCGUCCUAUGUAAAAAUUGAAUUGUUUAGCCACGUUUAUGAUGCACGACAGCCUGUUGAAUUUCCAUAGCGUUUUUUUUUAGACACCCUGUACAUGGAAGUUUUGAGUGUAAAUUUGAUACAUUUACUUAGACCUGACCCUGCUCCUGGUAAAGCCUAUAAAAUUUGCACGUGAAAUUUCCAUGUUCAAAAAACUCUUGUGUUUGCACUUCUUGUUCCUAGUUCUUGUAAAAAGUUUGGACAACUUGUUACAAGGUUGUUCUGAGGAGUCUGAUGCAGUCAUGUUAUCACGAGAAUAUUACAAAUUUGACCUCACAAGGUUGUAACAAUAUUGUUAUAAUGUAUCAUGACUGUAUCGGACGUGUUGGAACAACCUUGCAACAAUUCUGAUAAUAUCAAAUUACAGAUUGUUAACAGCUUGUCCAGUGGCGUAACGUUAUAUCAGGGGGCCCCCAGAUCAAAAUUUUCGAAGGCCCCGCUAGUAUAAGUGCCAAAGGCACGAGUCGACCGCCGUAUAUGCACGAGUUUUUUAGGGGGUCCAGGACCCGGAAAAUUUUUGAAUCUAGAGUCUCUGAAAUGCCAUUUCCUGGACUUUGGGGAGAGAUUUUACCGAAUUUUGAUGGUCAGAAAACGACAUUGUAACAUAUCAGAGGCCCUGGCCAAUGUUUUUACUCUACAGCCUGAGCCUGGGGGCCCCCAUUUGGCCCAUUGGGGGCCCCCGGGUUCGCCCGGUCCGAGCCCAUAGUAGUUACGCCACUGAGCUUGUUGCAAACUUGUUGACAACUUGGGACAAGCAGUGCGAACACAACUUGUUGACAGCUUGUUGGCAGAUUUGUUCCAAGAUGUGAGAUUUUUAGGGCUGUAAAUCCAGACUAACCAUCUCUUGUUCUGGUUUGUCAAUAGAAUAAAAACGUUAAGAAACUCGAUGCAGAUAUAACACACCUCAUUAUCUAUGUUUUUUGUCUUGGUUUGUGCAAGAAAUUGUCGGUUCAUCGUCACAUGUGUAUUGACUAUUGUAUUUUCGCUAGAGCAACCAAUAGCUAUGUUUUCAUUCAACCAUUGUGUAAUAUCACGACUGGGUAAUUGAACCAACACACUGCUACUGUUGGUUGGACGAGAAAAACAUUACAUUUCGUGCAUAUACCAAGACAAAACAUAGAUAAUGAGAUGUAUUACCGUAUUUAUAUCACACUUGCGUCGGUUUUCUUUGUUCGUCCGAGGUUUAUAACUAGCUUAUAUACCUUGAAUAAAUGAUUAGAUUAAACUUGUAGACAAAACGCGAGAAUUUUUCAUUAAACAUUUUUGAAAAUGACAAAAUAUGUUAGAAAACCUCCACGAAUGUGAUAUAAGUUAGUUAUAAACCUCGAAAGUCGGUUUAUAACUGAUAUAUUGCCCUCGGACGGUACGCGUCCUCGGGGGCAAUAUAUCAGUUAUAAACCUCCUACUCGGUUUAUAACUCUAACUUACUCGAUUGAGCGCCGCCCCCGAAUAAGCGCCGCAUUUGAGAUCAAAAUUUUUUAAAGAGCGCCGCCCCCAAAUGAGCGCCGCACUAAACAGUGUAAAAACUUUCCACCGUCAAAAUGGAGACAUUUAGUGACGAAGACAUUUUAAUAUUUGUUUAUUUCAUUGUUAAAAGUUCUUGUUAUAAUUCACAAAUAAAAUAUAUUUUAAAGGGCGCCGCCCCCGAUUGAGCGCCGCCCCCGAAUGAGCGCCGCAUCUGAAGCUCUGAAAAUUUAAAGAGCGCCGCGGCGCUCAAACGAGUAAAUACGGUAUGUCUUUAUCGAGUUGCCAAACCUUGUAUCGAGUUCUAUUGCCUAUGAACCGAUACAUAAGCCAAGAUUAGCGCUAACCCUGGGUUAAAAUUUAACCUGCUGUUUUAGUUUAUAUAUUUCUGCACAUCUAUUUGUUUCAAAAGUACAGAGAAGAAAACUCUCAUUUGUCCAGACAAGAUUUCUGAAGAAAUAUUUCCAAGUUUAUAACCAAGCUGUUGGAAAGUUUGCUUUGAAUUUUAGGUUAACCUAGGGUUAAGUAGUUAAUCGGCUUUUGAACAACCGGCCCCUGGUUAUCUUCUAAACAAGUGAACAUAAAAUACAUGCGCUUUACUUAUGAAAUAUACAUGUUGACUGUUGUAUAUAAACACGUUUGCAUAUAAAUUCACGUGUAACUUCAGACAUUUUUCUCCAUAUUCUGACUCAAGGUGUAACACCCAAGCAUUUCCACAUAAUUUCUUGUAUAUACUUAGUUUUUCAUUAUAUUUUAGUACAACGAUUCGUAUUCGAUUUAGUAUCAGUAAUUAGACAUGUAUCUCUGCUCUGUAGUAUUGAUACUGAUGUAAUAUUUUGAGUAGAUAGAUGUGUUGUACUGUACCUUUCAAAACGUUUUCAGAUUUUACGUCAGAAGGCGAUCACGAAUAUCAUGUGUAUCGGUGUAUGUUAUUUUUUUAACUUUUUAUUUUAUAAUAAAUAUUUGUGAAUAGAGUAGUUUAAAAUUUUUGGUAAAAUAUAGUCCUAGACUUGCCUAGCAUGCGAACAGGCUCUCAACCAGGAGUUCGCAUCACAACUUUUUCCCAAGCUUUUUAGCGAGCGCGCGUCGUAAAAAUGAUGUCAUUUGAAAAGAAAUUUGCGUAAGUUAGACUAUUGUCUGUAAUUGAUAUUUGAUCGUGUUUUGAAUAGUACAUAAAUAGCUCUUUGCCCAUAGAUUUUGAUCAACGAACCUGUUCAAAAACCGUCCUGUUCGAAAGACCAGCCUUCGUACGUCAAAAUCUCACAACUUGUCAACAAGAUGUGUUCGCAACAGGCUUGUAGCAAGCUUGUCAACAAGGUGUAACAAUACUGUUAUUUUAUCAAGUUGCUACAAGGUUGUCACUCACAACUUGUUGACAAAUUGUUGAAUUACAGGACGAUAGCAAGUUGUUGAGACAACUUGUAACAAGUCUGUUGAGCUCAACAACCUUAUAGCAAGCUUGUCAACAAGUUGUAACAAUGCUGUCAUUUUAUCAAGUUGCUACAAGGUUGCCACUCACAACUUGUUGACAAAUUGUUGAAUUGCAGGACGAUAACAAGUUGUUGGAACAACUUGUAACAAGUCCGUUGAGCUCAACAACCUUGUAGCAAGUUGUCAACCAAUCUCGUACCCAGAGCAAUGCCUGUGCGCGGGCUAGGAUGGCAUUGGCUCUGGGGAAAUUGACAACCGGAAUUCCUAAAUUUAGGGGUUCCGGUUCUUUGUCGGCAUGCACGAUUGAUAAACGUUAAACCAAUCACAGCACAGGAAAAAUUCAAUUUCCCCAGAGCCAAUGCCAUCCUAGCCCGCGCACAGGCAUUGCUCUGGGUACGAGAUUGGUUGUCAACAAGCUUGGAACAAGCAGUGCGAACACAUUCUGUUGACAAGUUGUUGGAACAUCAUUGCUACAAGUCUGCUGCAACUUGUGCAUUUUUCGUCGGAAUCUCGUUCCCCGAACCCCUUUCGGCGAAUUGGGCCUACUCCUGGAUGAUGUGUUUUUAAACUAGACCCAGUUUUUUUUUCAAAAUUGCGAAACACUGCGCGGCCUCGGCGCUCAUGUGACUUCUGUCAAAAUCAUUUGGGCAGGCAGUGUUUGAGUGUUGUACAGAAAGCGAGUUUUGGUGCAAUUUUUUGUUCAAAAUGUUUCGUUUCUUGCUGCCAGUAUGUUGUGCAUUCUUCAUGAUUCUUGGAGGAACGAUGGCUACCAAUGCAACGAUUCCUGUCGUUAUUUGGCACGGAAUGGGUGAGUUUUCAAAUUUCGUAUGUCGCAAUUAAUUUGUUUAGAAGUUGCAAUGUGAAAUGUGUCAUUUUCGACAGAUGUUUUAAAAAUUUUAACUUGUCUUGAACAUUAUAACAAUAAAGGUAUGAUACAUCAUACAAUUAAAAGUUGUCUUGAUAAACAUUUUAACAUUAGAAACAGCCCAAAUUUAUAUUUACCUGUCAAUUAUUAACCAUGUAAGUGGCGAAGCAGUCCACUUCCUCCCUUUCUGUAUAAAAGCCAGUUUUGAAAGUUAGUGGUUUUAAAGCAGACCUUUUGGCAUGUCUUUAGUACAACAUACUUUGUGAAAACCUGACUAGAAAGUUUGGAAAUUGUGUGCCGGAAAUUUCGAAAAUCUAAUAGUAAAUAUAUAGAAAGCAUCAAAGUUGCGCGGCCAAUAUCUCCGCCGUGCGAUAUAAACUUUCCACACUGGACUGGAAAUAUAUAGUGAAUAUAUAGAAAAAUCAAAAUUGCUAGCCCAUCUCAGUUGCACGAUGCAAACUUUCCACACUGGUGCGGAACGUCUGGGCAUUAAACCCAUUACUGUAAGCCGCCAGACUGCAAAUUUGGAAAUUGCGCGCUGGAGAUUUCAAAAAUUUAAUAGUAAAUAUAUAGAAAGCAUCAAAAAAUGUGUGCAGAAGAUCUUCCCCGCGCGGUGCAGAAAAUGCAGUCUGGAUUGUAAGUUGCAUUCAGCGCCCUGAUGACUGCCCUCAGAUGUUAUUAUUCUACCCUGUCUAAUGCCAGACAAUUUGACUCGUCAUGGGCAGAGCACUGGUGCUGAAUGGGUUAAUAAGUUAAUAUGUCAACUCAAUAACUGAAAUGUCUGGCAUUGUAUGAGAUAAUAUGCAAAUGUAUGAGAUAGUAUAUGAUAAUGCAAAAAGAUCAUGUAAAACGUAACAGAACGGUGAACAUCAGAUUUGGCCGUCUCAAAUAAUAGUAAUGUUGUGAUGGUAGCGUUGCGGACUGCAGACGAGAGUGGACAGUAAGGCUCCUUCAUGGAUCACCGUAUAGAAACCCUGCUCCCCUCCUUGCAGAUCAGGCUAGAUCUCUCCCUUGGAUGAAUUAUGAAAAUUUGAGGAACCAUGUACUGGUUACUGAUGACAUGGGGAAGCAGUGGAUAGGAGAGAGUAAAAUUAUAUACUCUCAGCCAUAAGUGAUGAAAUGAUUUCCUUUGUCAAUAAAAGAGAUGAUGAAAAGGAAUUGAAUCCUUGUUAGGUGACAGUUGUUGUAAUCCCCUGAGUAUGGGAUCCAUCAAGUCAAUGGUGGAGAAGUUAAUUCCAGGAAUUUAUGUCCGAUCAUUGAUGAUUGGUAACAAUAUUAUUGAGGUAGGAAUGGUCAAGCUCAGAUUUAAUAGUUUGUGCUUCAUAAGUACCUUUACUUGUAGGUUAAAUUAAAUUACCAUCAAGAUAACUUUAUUUAUACUGGAUAGCUCUAUCAGUUCUAAACUGUUCUAACUUGAGGUGCAGUAAGGAUCCUCUCCUAUUGAUCCAGUGUUACUACAGGAGGAAACCUAAACUAAACUAACUUUAUUUAUACUGGAUAGCUCUAUCAGUUCUAAACUGUUCUUCCUAGAGGUCCAGUAAUUAAGAAUCAUCUUUUAUUGAUCCAGUGUUACUACAGGAAGAAACCUAAACUAAACUUAACUUUAUUUAUAAUGGAUAGCUCUAUCAGUUCUAAACUGUUCUCCCUAGAUAUCCAGUAAUUGAAAAUCAUCUCUUAUUGAUCCAGUGUUACUACAGGAAGAAACCUAAACUAACUUUAUUUAUACUGGAUGGCUCUAUCAGUUCUAAACUGUUCUACCAAGAGGUCCAGUAAUUAAGAAUCAUCUUUUAUUGAUCCAGUGUUUCUACAGGAAGAAACCUAAACUAAACUAACUUUAUUUACACUGGAUACAUCUAUCAGUUCUAAACUGUUCUCAUUAGAGGUCCAGUAGGAGUCUUAAAGUUAUGAAUCUUAGUUAAAAAUACGAAAUGCACAUGCCGUGUGGUAAUUAUUAAACCACUGCUCACUGGUGCCACCAAUAAGAAAAUACUUGUUUCUUUAAAGGACACUGAGAAUGGAUUUUUAAUGAACGUGAACAAACAGGUUUGUGCAAUUCAUGUGGCUUUACAAGCAAAUCUUAGAGCUGGUUUAUUUCUGUCUUUUAUUUAUCAAAUAACACAAAACUGAUCAUUUUGAAACAUCAGGUUGACAUGGUGUGCCAGAAAGUGGCGACAGACGAUAAGCUGAAGAAAGGUUACAAUGCCAUGGGCUUCUCCCAAGGAGGUCAAUUUCUGUACGUAUAUGUGCUAUAAUUAAUGUUCACCAAAUUGUUGAACACAAUUAAUUAUAUGUUCAUUAUAUAUAAUCAAAGCUUUGCUGUGUGGUCCUUGAUGUACUACUCUCUUAGAAACCUCUUAAUGCAAGACCAGCCCAAAUCUAUCUAUCUUUAUAAAAUCCUUAAUAACCACAGUGCUCCCGAUUUGAAACAAAUGUUUACAAACAGCAUAUGAUCUUAGAAAUAAUAACACAAAUCUGUCACUUCCAAUGCCGAAAGGAGAAUUUCUCACGCAAAAUGAAAACCGUUCAACUACAGCGGAGCUACAGAUUAUGGAAUGUACUUCUGGAAAAUGUUGGACAACUACAUCGAUUUAUGCCUUUAAAUCAAUAAGCCAUCCAGUUCUCGAUGUCUGCAUCACACAGCGAUCUUGUAUUUAAUACCCCAACAGUAUCUUAUUUGUUAUUGUAGAGGUUAUUUGUUUUGUAUAAUUGUCAAUGAUUCUUUUAUGUAUAUAUACGGUCCGGACGCCCCCAUCGAAACCAGCUUUUGGUGACGGGGCUAACAUCAUUAAAUAAAGUUUCAAAUAGAGGAUUUAUUUUGCAUUUUCACAACAUUCUAGUCGUGCUGUUGCUCAAAGGUGUCCAUAUCCGCCAAUGAUAAACCUCAUCAGUUUUGGUGGACAACAUCAAGGUAACAUUAACAAACUGUCACUGGUAACUAAAUUAUAUAAUUCGUGAUAGACUCAUGUAACAUGUAUAUAAAGGGUUCAUGUUUUCCGUCAAAAACAUAAUUUAUUUAUAGGAGUUUUUGGACUUCCACAUUGCCCUGCUUCGAAUUCAACACUCUGUGAAUAUGUGCGUAAAUUGUUGGAUUAUGGAGCUUAUAUAAGGUUAGUCAUAACGGGAGUUCUUAACUAAAGUGCACAUGUGGUUUCCUUUUGAAAGAGUAAAAUCAUAGAUCAUUAAAAAGAUGAGACGUGCAUUCAAACGCAAGAAAAUACGUUGGCGUUGAGAUGAUUCUUCUUGUGUUUGAAAAUUAAUGAAAGCCUUACAAUAGUGAAACCAGUUUGAGCGCACAGCAUGUUAACCAAUUCGAUAUUUGUAUACACUUUACCAAAUGAAUAUACUGCAUACUUAAUAAGAGCAUUUUUUUUCAAUUACAUUUUAGCUGGAUCCAAGACAAGUAAGUACAUAUGUCGUAUUUGUAUUUAAAAAAGAACCAGCCAAGUUUAGAGUUUCAAUACUUAGACAUUCUUCUAUAAUUUAUCUUUCUAACUUGAUAGCAUUGUUCAAGCUGAAUAUUGGCAUGAUCCGUUGAAAGAAGACGAAUACAAAACAAAAAGCGUGUUCUUGGCCGACAUCAAUCAAGAAAGGGUAUUUAAAAAUAAUUUUGACCUGCUAGCUUUCUGUUCUGCAGGGGUAGAUCCAGCCUCCUUUGUUCGAGAGGAUGGAGGUUUUCCAGAAGGGUUGAAUUACUACGGGGCAUUCUCCCUCAAAAUAUUUUUGAAAUCUGAAGUCUUGAAUGCCAUUUCCUGCAUUCUGAACACUACAUUUAUUUGUUAAAUUUGUCCUCACAGUGCUUGUAUUGUGCUUGAGUAUUUUCUCGCGUAUUUCGAAAUCAAUCGUUUCAAUAUGAUAAGUAGUAUUCACAAUUUAAAAAGCGGGAAAUCGAAACUUAAUAUGGAAUUCCAGAGUUUUCUUCAAGGGGGUUGCUGGAUAUCACUAGGGCGGUGCUGGACACAAUGAGUAGGAGGGGUACGCCCCCCUCACAUCAUAACAUGAUAAGAAUGAAAUGUGGUCAUACUCAUUUACUGUGUGAAAUAUUCUGUAGGUGAAAAACAGUACUUACAAAGAAAACCUCAUGAAACUGAAGAAUUUUGUGAUGGUAAAGUUUUUGCAAGAUACAAUGGUUAUUCCCAAGGAAUCUGAGGUAUGCAUGGAAGGAUUUUGGCGACACAGCAUCAUUGGAACUCCCUACCUGAUGAUCUUAAAAAGCCUAUACCUAUUCAUAUAUUCACAAGGAAUCGUAUAAAAAGUUCCUGAGUGACAAUUAGUUAACUAAUUUAUAGUCUUAUUGACUUUGUACAUUUUCUAGUUUUUAACUUUUAUGAUAUAUUCACAAGGAAUCUAAAAAGUUAUUAGUUUUAACUAAUUUAGAGCCCUUUUAUCUUUGCUUUUAUUUAUUUUAAUCUAAUUUAAACAGAGGACGUUUUAGAAUACCUUUUGUACAGUGAAAUAGGCUUCCUCUUAAAAAAUAUGUAUCAUUAUUACGGCGUUUACCACCUUUGUCUUUGAUAAUUCUUCUGUUGAUAAUGCCCCCUCCCUCUAAAAAUACGUUAGUGCUUCCAUUUGCAAGCUACUAACACCUUCUUAACACAGUUUUUCAUGCAUUACCACUAGUGGCAAUCGAACAGUGGAUAUUGGUGAUUAUAUUAAUAUUAUUGAUCUGUUUGUAGUGGUUCGGAUAUUACAGACCAGGUCAAGAUAAAGAACUUUACACAUUACAGGAAAGCCCACUUUACACAGAGGUACGUUUGGUAGACACUUUAUUCUGUUAUAUAAAAAUAUAUAAAACCUUUCGAUGUAUACCAUCCAUUCCUAACACUAUUUAAUACCAGAGAAAAUACAAAGAAAAUGAGCUUGCUUCUCUGAGACAAAAUCCUGUUGAUUUACAGUCAACGCUGUACACAGGCCGGCGCUCUACCGAAAAUCGUGGGUUUUCUUCGCGGGUAAUCAGGUUUCCUCCCACAAGGAAUAUUGUCAGCUUGGGUUGGGAUUAGCUCCCUAAAUGACCCUUUCAUCGUAGCUGGUGAUCAGACGUGAGUCAUAUAAGGUGUCAUUCUAGAAGCGUCCUUAUAGAAUGCCUUUAACUUAGAUUGGGCUACGUCCUUCGCAAUUUAGCCGGCUUAGCUCACCCAUUUACUUGCUGACCUAUAAUAUUCGCGUUGAUUUUUUUCCAAGGAUUGGCUGGGUCUAAAAGAAAUGGACGCGGCAGGAAAGCUGCAUUUCCUUGGAGCUGAUGGAGAUCAUCUGAGAUUCACUCAGGAAUUUUUUGAAACAAAAAUUCUCCCAUUUUUGAAGUAA